AUGUCUGCCUUCAAGAGACGGUUGCCAACUUCGGCCCAACAAAAUUUACCAGGUGUUCGACUAUGUGCACUGUCUCCCUUUCACCCGAUCAUGUCUACUGGAGUCCCUUCUCUUGAUGACGUCUUGGGUGGUGGAUUGCCGCUGUCGACUUCCUUGCUCGUCCAAUGUCCGGAUUCUUAUUCUGCUUGGACCCUGCUUGUUCAGAAAUAUUUCAUAUCCCAAGGACUUCGUUCUGGUCAUGACAUUUGCUUGGUAGGAGAU